CUGACCAGAGCACAGUGCCCCAGUGAGGCUGAGAACCAAACACUGCACUAACAGCUAGAGGACUCAGAACAUCAUCUCCAACAAACACAAGUUCAGCAACUCAGGGGACUUUCUGUUUUGUUUUGUGUUUGUUUUUUUUGUGUUCUGCUUUUUGAAACCUGUAUAUGGCAAAGGGUUAAUGAAUAUCAACUCAACAGUUUCAGAGGGAUCUGCCUGAUCUUCACAGUCCCCCAGUGAGAACAUUGUGUGCACUAAGAUGAUGGCUAAAGCUUUGCAUAGCUUUGGCCUGCUUCAGAUGAUUCUUUACCAAUGGCUUGGGAUGUCAUCAUCACUGAAUCUUGAGGACCCAAAUGUGUGCAGUCACUGGGAGAGUUACUCUGUCACAGUACAGGAAUCAUAUGCACAUCCAUUUGACCAGGUCUAUUACACAAGCUGCACAGAUAUUUUGAACUGGUUUAAAUGCACCCGGCACAGAAUCAGUUAUCGCACAGCAUACAGACGAGGAGAAAAAACUAUGUACAGACGAAAGUCACAGUGCUGUCCUGGGUUUUAUGAAAGCAGGGAAAUGUGUGUUCCUCAUUGUGCUGAUAAAUGCGUCCAUGGCCGCUGUAUUGCUCCCAACACCUGUCAGUGUGAGCCGGGCUGGGGAGGCCCUAACUGCUCCAGUGCUUGUGAUGUUGAUCAUUGGGGACCUCAUUGCAGUAGUCGCUGUCAAUGCAAAAAUGGAGCUUUGUGCAAUCCUAUUACCGGAGCCUGUCACUGUGCCGCUGGAUUUAAGGGCUGGCGUUGUGAAGAACGUUGUGGCCAAGGAAGUUAUGGGAAUGACUGUCAACAAAAGUGUCAAUGCCAAAAUGGAGCAACGUGUGACCAUGUGACUGGUGAAUGUAGAUGUCCUCCUGGUUAUACCGGUGCCUUCUGUGAAGACCUCUGCCCUCCAGGGAAACAUGGAUCUCACUGUGAAGAAAGAUGCCCAUGUCAGAAUGGGGGAGUCUGUCACCAUGUCACGGGAGAAUGCUCGUGUCCUUCUGGCUGGAUGGGCACAGUCUGUGGCCAGCCUUGCCCUGAGGGUCGUCAUGGGAGAAAUUGUACUCAAGAAUGCCAAUGUCACAAUGGUGGGACUUGCGAUACUGCGACGGGUCAAUGUCAUUGCAGCCCGGGAUAUAAUGGUGAACGGUGUCAGGAUGAAUGUCCAGUGGGCUUGUAUGGUGCAAAGUGUGCACAGACCUGCCAGUGUGUAAAUGGGGGGAAAUGCUACCACACCACUGGUGCAUGUCUCUGCGAACCCGGGUUUACAGGGAAACACUGCGAAACAAGGCUAUGCUCAGACGGACUUUAUGGGAUGAAGUGUGACAAGACGUGUCCAUGCCAUUCUAAGAACACACAGAGCUGUCAUCCUAUGUCUGGAGAAUGUGGCUGUAAUCCUGGCUGGUCUGGUCUAUACUGCAAUGAGACUUGCUCCCCAGGCUUCUACGGAGAAUCCUGUCAGCAGAUCUGCAGCUGCCAGAACGGUGCAGACUGUGAUAGCGUGACUGGGAAAUGCAUCUGUGCCCCUGGUUUUACGGGUGAAGAUUGUUCCAUUGGUUGCUCGUUGGGCACGUAUGGCAGUAACUGUUCCUCUGUGUGUAUGUGUAAGAACAAUGCCAUCUGUUCUUCAGUGGAUGGUUCCUGUACAUGUAAAUCAGGCUGGCACGGAGUGGAUUGCUCUAUCAACUGCCCCAGAGGAUCAUGGGGUCUGGGCUGUAAUCGCACCUGCCAGUGCCUUAAUGGAGGGGCCUGCAAUGCAUUAGAUGGGACUUGCACCUGCGCUCCUGGCUGGAGAGGUGUAAACUGUGAAAUGCCUUGCCAGGAUGGUACAUAUGGCAUGAGUUGUACGGAACGCUGCGACUGCAGUCAUGCUGAUGGUUGCCAUCCUGCUACUGGGUACUGCCGAUGCUUGGCAGGAUGGGCUGGCAUGCAUUGUGACAGUGUGUGCCCUGGAGGGCACUGGGGACCGAACUGCUCGUUAGCUUGUAACUGUAAAAAUGGGGCAUCGUGCUCACCAGACGAUGGGAUCUGUGAAUGUGCUCCUGGGUACAGAGGGACAACAUGUCAGAGAUUUUGUUCUCCAGGAUUCUAUGGGCAUCGUUGCAGUCAAGCUUGCCCUCAGUGCGUCCACAGUAAUGGUCCAUGCCACCAUAUGACUGGCCAGUGUGAUUGCUUAGCCGGUUUCAUGGGAUCACUUUGCAACGAAGUCUGUCCAAGUGGCCGCUUCGGAAAGAAUUGUGCUGGAAUUUGUACAUGUACCAACAACGGCACCUGCAAUCCUAUAGACGGCUCUUGUCAGUGUUACCCUGGAUGGAUUGGCAACGACUGCUCCCAACCCUGCCCUCCAGCUCACUGGGGACCCAACUGUAUCCACACCUGUAACUGCCAUAAUGGGGCUCACUGCAGUGCAUAUGAUGGAGAGUGUAAAUGUUCUCCUGGCUGGACUGGACUCUACUGUACUCAGAGAUGUCCUUUGGGCUAUUUUGGAAAAGAAUGUGCCCUCGUGUGUCAGUGUCAGAACGGGGCUGAUUGCGACCAUAUAACUGGACAAUGUACUUGUCGCACAGGUUUCAUGGGAAAAAACUGUGAAAUGAAAUGUCCAUCUGGGUCUUAUGGUUACGGUUGUCGACAGGUGUGUGACUGCCUUAACAAUUCCACAUGUGACCACAUCACAGGGACCUGCUACUGCAAUCCAGGCUGGAAGGGGGCAAGAUGUGAUCAAGCGAUAAUGAUUGUAGUUGGAAAUCUGAACAGUCUGAGUCGGACAAGUACGGCCAUUCCUGCUGAUUCCUACCAGAUUGGUGCAAUUGCCGGUAUCAUUAUCCUUGUGAUACUUGUAAUAUUCUUGCUAGCACUCUUCAUCAUCUAUAGACAAAAGCAAAAGGGAAAAGAGACAGCUAUGCCUGCGGUCUCAUACACACCUGCAGUACGGGUCUUGAGCACUGACUAUACCAUUGCUGAUACACUACCACAUAACGUUGGAGGAAAUGCAAACAGUCAGUACUUUUCUAACCCCAGCUAUCACACACUGACCCAGUGUACAACCGGGCACCAUGCCAAUGGUGCAGACAGAAUGCUUGUGUCCAAGUCAAAAAGCAGCCAGCUCUUUGUAAGUCUGAAAGGCCUAGAUCCUGGAAAGCGUUCACACACUAUUGAUUACACAGGCACCCUACCGGCAGACUGGAAACAGGGAGACUAUCUUAAUGAUCUUGGCUUGCUGAAGAAUUCGGCAUACAGCCUAAGUACCUGUUCUUUAAGUAGUACCGAAAAUCCUUACGCUACUAUUAAGGAUCCACCAGUUCUUCUUCCAAAAACCACAGAGUGUGGCUAUGUGGAAAUGAAAUCACCAGCACGUAGAGAUUCUGCAUACGCUGAAAUUAGCAAUUCAUCUCUGGCCAACAAGAAUGUUUAUGAAGUUGAACCUACUGUGAGCGUUGUUCAAGGAACUUUCAAUAACAAUAGCAAAAUUAGCCAAGAUCUCUAUGACCUUCCAAAGAACAGUCACAUUCCGUGUCAUUAUGACUUGCUACCGGUUCGAGACAGCUCUUUGUCCACUAAAGAGAAUUCCACCAACGAAUGACCUGAUCGAUCGUUCAGACAGCAGCAUACUUUACCUGAUUUCUUCAGAACUAUGUGCUUCUAUAUCUUCAUGAGAAUGAUGCCCGAUGCGACUACUGUUUUCUAUAUUAAAUGACUACCAGAUUGUUUGGAGACAUGUUGUUUUCCCAAUGACAAAGGACAGAAAUGGCCUAUAUGGAAUUCUCAGCAGUUUGUGAGGACACGGAUUCUUUGAUUUUAGCAGGUUUAUUAACCAGCACAAGGCGUACGCAUGAACAGGUGAUCACUGUGGAGUGUCUGAUUAGACUAUGAUUGCGCUGUGGUUUUGGUUUGGGGUGCACACACAUGAACACAAAAUACUAUUUCUCCCACAUGAUGUACACACAUUCCAAAGGUGAGACUAUUAAAACAUGUUAAAUAACUUCCAACUCAAGCAUGAGAGUAAAAAAAAAAAAAUCAAUAAAGUCCAAACAGCAAUGGCAGCUGGUUCAAAAUCAGCACCUACUUACAGAACACAUUCACACGCAUUCUAACAUGAGUCACUAUUCAAACAUACUGCAACAUCUUAAAGCCCUGACAAAAAAUACACAGCCUAUUUAUCCCAUAACAAAAGCCGUAUUCAUCCUUUACACCACGCCCUCAAUGCACCCCAAACUAUUUCACCCAAUGUUAUCAGUCUAAGCAUUCCCAACAAAACAGUCGGAACCUUCAAGCAUACAAAAAGUGACAAAAACAUGAUAUUAAUUCUCCAAACCAAGAGAACUCUGUGAUACAUAUUACUCAACUUGUUUCUGCAAGAUCAAUUUAAUGCUCUUAAAAUAUGCCUAGAAUGAUGUGACAGUGUGUGAGGCUGGAUCGAUAGAGUAUUAUUUAGGAAAAAAAAAAAAUCACCAGAUACUUAAAAAAAAAAAAAAGAAAAAAGCAAAACUGAAAACCACUAGUAGGCAACAAAUCAGGCUCGAUAUAUAUGUGCCAGUUUUAUAUUUACAUCUAUACUGUGUACGACCUCGGGAAGGUUUUUCUAGGGUUCAGUAAAAUAGUUCUGUGUCAUGUUAAACCAUGGUGGGUGAGCAUGUUGCUCUGGCUGUGCUUCCACCUGCCCCCAGAUAUGUCUAACACAUUAAAUAUUUUAUAUUUAUGUAAGAAUGUGUGAACAGGUAUACAAGUAUUGACUCUGCGUGGGCCCAGCUCACAACUCCCAUUGGAACUAAUCCCAUUCUGUAGUCUGGCACUGCAGGAGGGCAAAUACUUGUCCGGUAACAUUGCAGUUAAGAUAGGUCAUCAUGUAAGGUAAUUAAAACCUACAAUCUCAAUAAUAACAUCAAGCAUAACAUUUGGAAUAUAACUAUAUAACGUACAUUUUACAUUUGUAUUGCUUUGUUUUUACAGUAAAUUAGUUGCAAAUAACAACUUUUACAGAGAACAAGAGGUCUUUUAGAAGCAAAUUGUAAAAGAUGAGGACUGUGGAAUCUCUACAGCCCAAGAAAAAAAAAAGAAUAUUAUUAUUAUUAUUUUUGUUUUUAAGAUGCCAAAAUUAUUACUUUUUUAAGAUACUUUACAUUCUUGUGGUAUUUAGAAAGCUAGAAAGCUAAUUGCAUAUCAGCAAUUAUUUUGUGGUUUAGAAAUGCUGGUUAUUUUAUUUGUCAUUAUUGCUUGAGUGGACAUGUAGUGAAAGGCGUUCGUGGUGAAAGCUGUACAUUAGCUGUGGUGAUUUGAGUUUAACUCUUUGAAUGCCAGAGUGGCCCCCAAACCUCCAUCUUGAGCACCACUAGUCACAAGAGGUUUGGUUCCUCCCUUCCCUUGUAUAUGUGAUGGAUCCCUAUGCAAAAAGUUCUGGUACUCCAGAAAAAUACUUCAAUGUGUAACGAUAUCUUGGUUCUGCAUAUUGCAGAUUGUCUAGACAUUUUAGUACAGUAGUACUCGAAAUUCUACAGCAAGGCCUUCUCUUGAUUUUAAGGCCACAUCUGUACUUGCUUGUUGUACGUUGGGUGAAGGAAACUCUGGCAUGGAGGAAGCCCCCAUAGCCCUCUGGCAUCCAAAGGUUUAGUAAAAUACCGUAGUUAUAUGUGUAAUAUAUUCCAAACCAGUGCCACAUUUCGAUAAUUUUUUUGCUGGGAAACUGAAUAUUCUCUGGCACUUUUUUGCAUUUUUAUAGUCAUUGUAGAGGUUACAUGCUUAAGCAGGUCUUUUGCAUAGUGCUAAUGAUGUUAUCUACCACUAUUUUUUUAGUUCAAUGUUCCUUCAUUUAAAGACUUUGUAUGUGUUGAUUGUGUUUUGUUCUGGUUUUUAUCCUGGUUUGUGUAUAUACCAUAAUACAAUUUGUAGCACACAGAAAAUGUCAAAAAAACGGAGGCUCACAUGAACGCUGUAGUACUAUGGCUCGUUGGGCAUGAUGGCAAAGCCCUGCGCAGGUUUUUUUUAAAUAAUUGUUGGGGACUUAACUGCAUCAUCUAUAUGUCUUUUUCCAAUAUUUUGUAUAUGUAAUAUUUUCAGCUGUUUUCUAAUCAAUAACUAGACCAGUUUAUUGGGCAUACUAAACUGUACUCCAAAAGCACCUUUCAUGUUGGAAAUCCAUGGAACAAGCAGUGUUGAGGGUAUGGGAUUCUUGCUGUUAUUGCUGAUAUUUAAUAGCAAUAAGAAGACGUCUAGUAUGUUACUCUAUAAGCCUUAACAAUAUGCAUUUCUUUGUACAGCUAUUUACUUUAAACAUGACAAUACAGUGAAGCCAUACAGGUGAUGUUAAUGUACAGUAAAUGUGAAAAUAAAAUAUUGUUGUAUGAGUUGUCUUUUUCUGAGUGUUAGCUUAUGGAGCAAUUUUUGUGUUUGUUUUGAUUUUUUUUUUUUUUGUACAGCACUUAAUAUGGUAUUUGCUUAUGUGAUUGUUCAUUCUGGUUCCAUAAAUUAUGAUAUACUGCUGAGGCAACCUUUGCAAACUCUUGACUCAAACUUCUCUACAACUUUAAGAUCCCCAAGAUGGCCGCACUAUUCUUGGGCUCUAUUUUCUGGUUCGCACACACUCAUGUACAUUGCAUUUCCUUUAUAUGCUAUUCUAGUGGUCUACAGCCCUUCUUUUCAUGGAUCUUCUGUAGCUAGAAAGCUCAAAGGGACUGGAAACACGUAUUCCUUUGUUAUUUAGAUAUUGUACUCUGAGAAUAGGAUACUAAAGAAAUAUUAUUGUACAUAUUGCAAGCCGCUCGUGUAUUCUGAAACAGUUUCUCUCUGACUCACUCAUAAUUCCUAAUGACACAUGAUUUAGGAUAACUACUGUCCUCCUUAAAAAUAUCUAUUAUAUCUAUUCCACUGCUCCCUAUACCCCUCUUACUGUGUUACAUCCUUACCAUCACCCCUAUCAAUAAAGCAUUCUUCCUCUUCCUUCAUCCCUUCUAUCCAGAAUACCAAUUCUAGACAGGCUGGGUCUAGGGGUUUCAUCUCUGACAUGGAUCCCCUUUCCAUCACAUGACAAAGUUGAUAUAUAGUAUUCUUCUCCUCACAAAACAAUGGAAUUUAUUGUAGCUCCAGUCUUCCAUUUUUCCCUCUUGACAUGGGGCAUUAUAUUGCUUUCCCUUCUUACUCUUAUUCAUCUUUCCUCUCCUCUCUUCCACAAAAGCCUCCUCCACAACUCCCAUUGAGAUUUUUCAUGGGCAGCUAAAUCAACUUGCGUUUCUGUUAAUUUGAGGCCUAAACAUAACAGUUGUGUCAUCAAGCAUCCAAUCCUCUUCCAUGAGAGAGAUACCAAGCUGCUGACCCCUAGAUAAAUCUGUAAUGUCAGUUCUCUCACUGGUUAGAUAAAAAAGGACGUUCAUUUUUCUUCAAAUCAAGCCAUUACAUCCAUAUAUAGAACCUGAAGGAUUAUACCUUACACUCUAGGACUCCAUCAAUCCUUCUAAAUGUGCCUUUACAUGAGACUCGGCACCCAACACUCUCCACUAUUUCUAACCUAUUUUUAUAGUGUGUGGCAACUUCAUUAUCAUACCUUCUCCAAUGGCAGACACUUGGCCAAGGGUAUGCUAACCUAUACUUCUCUUACAGGAAUGAUAAACACCCUACCAAUGUUGAUUUCCUUUUUUUUCUCACCUCAAAAUACACACUCUGUUGUUAGCUAGCACUGAUUACAUUAUUUACAAUCUGAAAAGCCCAUGGUGGUCUUUGCUUAUAAAAAAAAAAACCAACAACCUCCAAAAUAUAUUCUCUUAGACCCUCAAAGCUAGCUCCUCGCCAAAUCAGAUGAUUCUAUUACAUAAACUGUAAACAAGCUUGUAGCUAAAGUCACACUGAAGACAGGACAGCAGCUAAAAUCAUGGAAGCAAACCAGACUC